AUGGCCAGAAGCAUGAACCUUACAUUGGUUACUUUCGUUCAGACGACGAGAAUAUUCCCUGACCAAAAUCAUCAGCCCAUCGAAGCGCGCAUCACGCAAGCUGUCCCUGGAUUAGCUCCGGAGCCCGGCCAGGCGCGUUACUGGAAGGGCCCUAGCGAAGUCUCACCCAGCGAGUGCAUUGCGCUCGAACCGCGACAGCAGCAGGGACAGAGGGAGGAAGACGUCCGCGUCUUUGGAGGUGAUGCCGCAACUUAA